AUCUGUAUCUCAAACUUAUACAUAAAGAGUAAAGUAAGAUUAUUUUAUCUUAGAAAUAAAAUAUUAGGAUAAGAGUAUUAAUUAUCAACAGUGGAUCAGUUUAUUGGUAACUUAUCAAUAAUUCGUACGUGAAUUCAUCGAGUAAGAAAACGAAAAUGGCAGGCGAUAAUGAAAUAAUUGUAAAUGAAAGUACCGAGAAUAAGGACAUCACAAGAGAUAUCGGCGGCGCACUCGAUAGGGUCAUCGAGCACGUUGGCGAGCUUGGCUUGUACCAGCGCUUGCUGUUUAUAUGCAUGCUGCCAUUUGGCAUGGUGUGGGCCUUCGUGUAUAUGGGGCAGAUAUUCAUCACCGCCACACCGCAGGAGCACUGGUGUCUAGUGCCAGAGCUGGCUGGCCUUGGUGUAGAACUCAGGCGAACCCUGUCUAUUCCUGGAGCGGUCGAAGGUUACUACGACCAUUGCAGGAUGUAUGACGCCAACUGGACGCAAGUGCUGCAGACCCUGGUGCCUCCGGAGCCCGGCACACCAACUGUCCCUUGUAAGAACGGCUGGGAGUUCCUUUUUGAUGAUAUACCCUACUCGACUGUUGUUAACGAGCGAGAAUGGGUGUGCGAUCAGGCGAGCAAUGUGCCGUGGUCUCAGACGAUAAAUUUCGUCGGCUCCAUCUUCGGUGGUAUCGUCUGCGGCACGCUGGCAGACAAGUACGGUCGACUUCCUGUUUUAAUUUUCGCGAAUAUCGUGGGCUGUCUGGGCGGUGUGGCGACCAUGUUCACGAACGGUUUCUGGGAUUUCUCGAUGUGCCGGUUUAUAGUGGGCAUGUCCUGUGAUAGCUGCUUUAUGAUCAUAUACAUCCUAGUUUUAGAGUACGUAGGAACUCGGUACCGCACGCUGGUGGCCAACAUGUCAAUCGCGCUGUUCUUCGGCGGCGGCUGCCUGCUGCUGCCGUGGCUGGCGCUGUGGAUCUCCGACUGGCGGUACUUCGUGCUGGCCACCUCGCUGCCGAUGCUGCUGGCUAUACUCACACCCCUUAUAGUACCGGAGAGUACCAGGUGGCUUGUAUCAAAGGGUCGAAUUGACGAUGCAGUAAAGCUGCUGAAAAGAUUCGAAAGAAUUAACAAUACUAAGAUACCGCAGCAAGUGAUGGAUGAUUUCAUUUUUGCUGGGAUAACUAACAACGAAAAAGAAGAGAAUAUUUUCACGCUACUAAAGGAACCAGCUCUUCGCAAGAUGCUGGUUCUCUUGGUGAUUGCCUUUAUGGCGGUGGCGGUGAUUUUCGACGGCAUCAUCCGAAUGUCGGAGAACCUCGGCCUCGAUCUGUUCAUCACUUUCGCCAUCACCUCCGCAUCAGAGAUACCGUCUAUUGGUAUAUUGGUGUUUUUGUUGGACAGAUUCGGUCGACGGAAAUUAGUUUUUGCUCCUGUUAUGGUGACAGGCGUUUUAUCUCUAAUAACUGCCUUCCUUCCUCGCGGCGUAGCAACAGUGGCGGUGGCGACGCUGGCGCGUUUCUUCAUCAACAUGGCGUACGGCGCCGUCAUCCAGUGGACGCCGGAGCUGCUGCCCACGGCCAGCCGCGCGGCCGGCGCCUCGCUCGUGCACAUCAGCGCCUUCGCGGGCCUCGUGGUCUCGCCUUUCAUUGUAUAUUCGGAACGUGCGUGGGAAGGUCUGCCGCUGAUGAUAAUGGCGGCGCUGGCGGCGCUGUCGGGCGCGGCGGCGCUGUUCCUGCCGGAGACGGCGGGCCGCAGCAUGCCGCAGACCAUGGAGGACUGGCACCAGCUCGCCGCCUCCGCGCGCUCUCUGCAGAAACAUAGAGAUACCGAGGCGUCAUCUGGUGAGCCGGUGAGCAGUUGACACCCGUCCAUGGAUCUUCAUGUGCUCUAUAUUACAUUA